GAGGCGGUGGGCCCAUAAACUAGUCAUCCAAUCAGAGUCAUGCUACCUAUUCCUCCCUGAGUUCAGCUGUGCCCUGCAGCACAGACUGGGAGCCAUUUUCAUGGAGGAGGAAAGCUCACCAGAAGAGACAGGAGGGUAGAUGUACAAAAGAAAAGGUCAGGCUUGAAGCUGUAAAAUGAUAUAUGGAAAGCUCACUGCAAGGUAAAAUCAAAAUAUCACAAAUGAUGGAUGAAUACAAAGAUCAACAAUUUUCAGAUGAAAAGAACUCCACAUUUGAUUGUGGAAUCGAAGAGAGGUUGAGAGUCAUUGUGGAACAAGAACUACAAGUUGAUGAUGAAGACCGGAGGCUCUCAGCUCACUCAACAAGUGAAACUGAAAACCAAACGUUGACUGCAGCUAUCCAAGAUUCUGAUGGCGAUUUGGAAGACGACUGUGAUAUUCAUGAUGGAGAGUUGCAACCCACAAGUUUAUCAAAUAAACUUGUCAAAAGAAGGAAAGCCCAAAAAAGACAUGCAGACAAUGAUGGUGACAGGGGAUUGCUGAACUUGUCUGUGGAAGAGAAACAUGGCAAAGGACAAAACUCUAUUACAACUCUCAAUGAGGACAGUGACGGAGAUGAGUAUGGAGCAAAGCCUUUUGGGAUUUCUUCCACAAGCCCGGUCCAAAGAAAGAAAAUGAAAACCAAGCAUGGAGUGGCUGCUGCUGAUCCUGCUCAAUGCGGGGCAGCAGUAGCUCAGGAAGUUGAGUGGGUUGUCCAGUAAUCUGAAGGUUGCAGGUGCUAUCCUGGCUCUGACCAAUCAAUACUGCUGUUGUGUCCUUGGGCAAGACUCUUAACCCACUUUGCCUGCUGGUGGUGAUCGGAGGGACUGGUGGCGCCUGUGCUUAGCAGCCUUGCGUCUCUGUGUGCCCCAGGGCAGCUGUGGCUACAUCGUAGCUCAUCACUACUAGUGUGUGAAUGUGUGCGUGAAUGGAUGAAGUAUACACUGUAGUUUAAAGCACUUUGGAAUUCUCUAUGAAAGGCACUAUACAAGUGUGGGUCAUUUAUCUUUUAUCUUGCAUAUUUUAUAUUUUCUGAGACACUUAAGGCCUGAAACAUUAAAGCAUUUAAUGCAUUUAUGAGGGUUUCAUAUUCUCACAAUAGUGAAGAAAAAUGUUGAAUUGUGUUAAAAUUCAGAUUAAAAAAUAUGUAUACUCGUAAUUUUGAGAAAUUGCUUUUAGCUGUAUGUCAUGUUAAUCUUAACAUGACAUACAGUAAAAUCAUAAAGAAAUUGAGUGCAACAAAAUAAAGGCAGCAUCAACUA